GAAAAUUUCAUUUGCCAAGUGCUAGCCAAGUUUGACUUAUCAGACAAGGAAAAUUUCCGAGAAAUUAAAGUUCUUGGUUCAUUGGCUUAAUUGUCACUAAUAAAUUAUUUGUCUUAAUACUUCAAAUACGCAAUAAAUAAUUAAAUAUCAUCAGUACCGGCCAAGUGUCUAACGGUUAAAUAUUUCCGGGGAAACAGUCAAACAGCCAUUAUUUUAUUUUAGGUGGACUAACCUAAAUUAUUCGGAUUAACACCCUGAAGAAGAAACCGCUUAAUCAGUCGGGCUUUGAAGGAUAGCCCACUAAACUCCCAUUGAUUAGAUAGGAAGAGCUGCCCGGCCCGGCCCGGCCCAGCUAUCUUUGCAGAAGGGGCAGUCCGCAGCAAAAUUCUUUGCGGACCAAGGAAAACAACGGACGCUGGCAGAAGAAUACAGUUCGUCUCUCCCUUAAACCUUCCCCUCGCUCAUAGCUUGAAAGCCCCGGCGGCUUCGUCUCUCCCGUCAGCGCCUGAACUUCAUCUUCUUCACCUAUUCCAACCAGUUCAGGUACGUAACUUCACUCUUCUGGUUCGCCCGAAAGCAUCGUCUAGACGAGAAACUCGUCUUGCUUUUUUUUUUUUUUUUUAACAUGAUUAGCUGAUGAGGCAAUGAGCUGUUCUUCGGCUCUCGUAGCACCUGUUGCUGCUCCCUUUCAAUGGCGUACGAUCUGAGUGAAACUUGCUUCUCCGAGCACGACUCGGAUUCCGAAUUUUGUGUUUUAAGUCAGAAAGGGUGAGCUUUGUGGACUUGUUUAACGUGGGGGGAUUUUUCCUGGCUAGGUUUUUGGAGAACAGGAAGGAUGUUGGACAUUAAUCUGUUUAGGGAAGAUAAGGGAAACAAUCCGGAAAUCAUCCGGGAAUCGCAGCGCCGCCGAUUUGCCAGUGUUGAGAUUGUUGAUGAGAUUAUUGAGCUCGACAAGAAAUGGAGACAAUGUCAAUUCCAGCUCGAUAAUAUGAGAAAAGACUUCAAUAAAAUGAACAAGCAAGUUUACCAGCAUAAGAAGGACAAUCUAGAUAUAACUGAACUUAUGAAGAGCAUCGAGGAGCACAAGCAACAAAUGGCAGUAAAGGAAGAUGAGGUGCUGGCUGAUAAGAAGGCAUUGUAUGUGAAGCUCGAAACUGUUGGGAACCUUAUCCAUGAUUCCGUCCCUAUCAGCAAGGAUGAGGCAAAUAAUGCUGUGAUUAGGGUUUGGGGGGAGAAGCGCACAGAGCAAAAGUUGAAAAAUCAUGUUGACCUCGUUGAACUUCUUGGGAUCGCUGACACAAAGAAAGGAGCCAACAUAGCUGGAGGUCGGGGCUUCUACCUAAAAGGUGAUGGUGUUCGUCUAAAUCAGGCACUGAUUAACUAUGGUUUAGAUUUCUUGGAUAAGAGAGGGUACACAGCAUUGCAGACUCCAUUUUUCAUGAGAAAGGAAGUCAUGGCCAAGUGCGCUCAGUUGGCCCAGUUUGAUGAAGAGCUAUACAAGGUGACUGGAGAGGGUGAUGAUAAGUAUUUAAUUGCUACGGCUGAACAACCAUUAUGUGCAUAUCACAUAGAUGAUUGGAUUCAGCCCACUGAUCUACCAAUCAGAUAUGCUGGAUACUCAUCAUGUUUCCGGAAAGAAGCCGGAUCGCAUGGGCGAGAUACUUUAGGAAUUUUCAGAGUUCAUCAGUUUGAGAAAGUGGAGCAGUUCUGUGUUACUAGCCCGAAUGGCACCGACUCAUGGGACAUGCAUGAGGAAAUGAUCAAGAAUUCCGAGGACUUCUACAAAUCGCUGAACUUACCGUAUCAAGUAAUUGCAAUAGUUUCUGGCGCCUUGAAUGAUGCUGCUGCAAAGAAGUACGAUCUCGAAGCAUGGUUUCCUGCUUCAAAAACAUACAGGGAGUUGGUGUCGUGUUCGAAUUGUACUGAUUACCAAUCAAGGAGAUUGGAAAUCCGAUACGGGCAGAAAAAGGGAAAUGAGGCAGCGAAGCAAUAUGUUCACCUGUUGAACUCGACCCUGACGGCUACCGAGAGGACACUAUGCUGCAUCCUGGAAAAUUACCAGAAGGAAGACGGGGUUGAGGUCCCAGAAGUUCUGAGACCUUACCUGGGCGGAAAGUCAUUCAUUCCUUUCCAAACCAAGGGGAAGAAACCCACCAAGUAGAGACUUACAUUGCCACUUUGAUUGAAUUGCUUGCUAAGAAACCCCUCUUAAUCUAUUUUGAUGUCAAAUCUUUUUUGGGAUUUAUCACCUUAAUUUGAUGCAUUCGACUAGCGCAUGGAGCUGUUUCUAUUGCCCGCUUAUUUUGAAUACAAUUCAACUAGUGCUUGAACUGUCUUCUUCCUAUUGGUGGAUCAUGUGCAUUGUGCAAGGCUAUUGAAAUCUGACCUUUUAGUUUUGCCUGGAAUACAUAUCUAGGGGUGUCAGUUCGAGUCGGGUUUGGUUACCUGAACCGAACCCCGAAAAACUCGAAACCGAAAACCACUAAAACCGAACCUGAACCAGAGAAGGACUUGCGAGUUUCGAUUACCCGAAACCCGAAAAUUCUUUAUCGGGUUCGGUUAAAGCAAAACCGAAACCCGAAAACCCGAACGCCUAAGAAUACGAGUUGAGUUCUAUUCGUUGGAGGUUUUUAGCCGGAACCCAAAAAACCGAUAAGCAAAACCGAACCCAAAAUCGAAAAACCCGAAACUCGAAACGAACACGAACCCGAAAAACAACAAAUGUAUAUAAUCGGGUCGGUUUCGGAUAAACCCAAAAAACCCAACCCGAAUGGACACCCCCUAUACAUAUCUCCGCGCGGAGCUGUUGUCUCGCCCACUUGUUUAAGCUAUGCCGGCCAUUAGGCUAUCCACAACCCGAGCCAAACACCAACAAGCCGCAUUAGCCGAAAAUUUUAUUCAUCAAUUUACGAAAAUUUUAUUUUUUAUGUUGAAAUUUGUUCAUGGAAUAUAAUUUUUGGUUUAAAUGAAUUUUGGUUAGCAGAAAAAACACCAAAACAUAUAUUUUGUCAUUGACUCAUUGGUUGUACGUAGGAGAUUGAGAGGUCUUAGAGAGCUUUAGAGCCAAAAUCUCCACAAGAAACGAGUCAUCAAUCCCAUCACAGAGGAAUGUCAUCGCACUAACAAUCGUACUUGCAUUAUCCCGCACAACCCAACCGCCAACACCAUACGAUCCUCCAUCGAGUAGCACGGAUUUGGAUAUAGUCCACCAAUUACUAUUUGGAGUAUGGUUAUUCAUCUCUCAUCCACCGGCUCAUAAAAAUGCUCCAGUAGAGUAGAGCAAGCAGCAGCAGCCAGCAGGUUGGGAAAGGACAAAACUCGAGCAAAGGGGGACACAUCCACGAGAACACGACAUUCAGUAACUGCCUUUAAACCAAGCGUUGUAACUUGUUUACUUGCAUCCACAAACCAAGCUGCAUGAUUCGUUUUCAAGGGGCGUACCUCCAAAUAAAGCCCACUUUAUUUGGGAAUAGGCAAAAGGCAUCAAAAGAAAUUAAUUAGCCGUCAAAAUAGUAAAUCGAGAGUUCCACA